UGUGCUGCUAUCCAAAUGGGAAUAUGGAUAUUUUCGUCUUUCUAAAAAUAUUGGAACAACACACAGAUGACGUGUCGGAUUGUGAAUGGUAGUGUUCACGGAGCACCAAAAGUUCAUGUUACGAAAUUACCCUUACGCGUUUACUAUAUAUAUCCCUACUUUGUGUUCACCAUUCGAAAACACAUUACAAAUUCUCUUUGUUCCCUCCACACUCUUGAGAAAUCGUUUUCUUCGAGUCACUCCUACAAUGGAUUGCAUAAACAGUAUUGAUAGAUCCGCUUUCGUUGCCAUUGCGCCGGAAUCUCCGUUCAUUGCGACCGGAACAAUGGCCGGAGUAGUAGAUCUGUCGUUUAGUUCAUCCUCUAAUCUCGAGAAUUUUUAACUCGAUUUUCAGUGCAGCGAUCGUGAGCUGAACCUAGUAGGUCAUUGCAAAAGCUCUGAGCGGUUUAAUCGACUCGCUUAGGGAAGUUAUGGAUCUGGAUCUGAUGGUCACAUCGCCGGUGGCCUCUUUGACGGGAACAUCGGUUUAUGGAAUCCAAUUCGUCUGGUUCGUGGUCUUGAAUUUAAUGUCAAGUCCCCAAAUAAACUUGCUUCUGGGACUGAUGAUGGUACAGUUUGUAUUUGGGAUUUAACAAAUCCUUCAAAGCCUUGUCAUUAUCUAAAGGGUACUGGUUCUUAUAUGCAAAGUGAAAUCUCUUCUAUAUCAUGGAAUAGAGAGUUUCAACAUGUUUUAGCAUCUACCUCAUACAAAGGGACUACUGUGAUAUGGGAUGUGAAUAACGAGAAGGUUAUAACAGACUUCAAAAAUACCGUUAGGUGCUCAAUUUUGCAAUGGGAUCCUGAUAAUUAUAAUCAGAUAAUGGUUGCAUCAGAUGAAGAUAGUUCACCAAAUGUGAAGCUUUUGGACAUAAGGUAUCUACAAUCACCUGUUCGCACAUUUAUUGGCCACCAAAAAGGUGUGAUUGCAAUGGAGUGGUGUCCAAGUGACAGUUUGUAUUUACUUACCUGGGCGAAAGACAGCCGAACUAUUUGCUGGAACACAAAGACAAGAAAGAUUGCGGCUGAGUUACCUACUGGCCAAAAUUGGAAUUUUGAUGUUCAUUGGUAUCCAAAGAUGCCUGGAGUUAUAUCAGCAUCUUCAGUUGAUGGGAAAAUUAACAUCUAUAACCUUGAGGGUUGCAGCAGCUAUGGUACUGUGGAGAACAAUUUAGAUUCAGAUCUUUUAACAGCACCAAAAUGGUGAAAAUGCCCGGUUGGUGCAUCUUUUGGAUUUGGAGGAAAGCUUAUUUCGUUCAACAAAAAUCUCCCUGAGGCAUCUGAGGUUUUUCUGCAUACCCUGGCCACAGAACAAAGUUUGGUGAAUCGAAUUUCUAAAUUUGAAGCUGCAUUAGAAAAUGGAGAGAAGACUUCAAUUAGGGGUUUGUACGAGAAGAAAACAGAAGAGGCCGAAUCCGAGGAAGAGAAGGAAACAUGGGGAUUGCUGAAAAUCAUGCUUGAAGAAGAUGGGAACGCAAAGACGAAGUUGCGUACCCAUCUUGGCUUUAGUUUACCUUCUGAUGAAAAGGAUCAAACUGUUAACGAGCCUCAUGCUACAUGUUCUUCUACAAACGAGGAAGAAACUAAGAAAAUGCCAGAACCAGAAGGAGAGAGCUCUUAUCCAACAUUUGAUGAUGCUAUCCAACGUUCAUUGAUUGUGGGAGAUUACAAGGGAGCAGUGGCUCAGUGUUUAUCUGCAAAUAAGAUGGCUGACGCUUUAGUGAUUGCUCAUGUUGGUGGUACAGAAUUGUGGGAGAGUACUCGCAAUAUAUAUAUAAUGAGGAUGAGCAAUGCACCUUACAUGAAGGUUGUCUCUGCAAUGAUGAACAAUGAUUUAAUGACCUUUGUUCAUACAAGACCACCUAAAUCCUGGAAAGAAACACUUGCUCUCAUCUGCACUUUUGCAGAAGGAGAUGAAUGGAUAAGCCUCUGUGAUGCUCUUACCUCAAAUUUGAUGGAUCCUGGUUUUACGUUGGCUGCAACUCUGUGUUACAUUUGCUCAGGCAAUGUCGACAAAACAGUAGACAUUUGGUCAAGGAGCCUUGAAAAAGAAAGUGAUGGGAAAUCUUAUGCUGAGCGUGUUCAAGAUCUUAUGGAGAGGACUCUUGUCCUUGCUUUGGUAACUGGCAACAAGAGAUUCAGUGCGUCUCUACGUAAACUCUUUGAGAGUUAUGCUGAGAUAUUGGCCAGUCAAGGACUUCUUGCAACCGCUAUGAAGUUCUUAAAAUUUCUUGAGUCUGGCGAUUUCUCACCCGAACUUUCAAUCUUGCAUAAUCAGAUUGCUCUGUAUGCGGAACCUGAAGCUGCUAACACUUCUGCUUCAGAAAACACUCAGUCUAAAAUCUCCAUGCCAUAUCAAAAGAAAUAUUUUCUUCCAGCUCCAUUAAGCAAUGCUCAGCCAUCAAGAACUACUUUUGUUCCUUUGAAUCCUCCUAGAGAACUAAAGAACGCGGACCAGUAUCAGCAACCAACCAUGGAUUCUUAUUCGUUUAAUCGAUCCGCUGACCCAGCUUACAAUGCAUCACCCGGUCCUGGCUCACAUCGAUCCAUUCCUUCACAAGUUGGUCCAUAUAUUAACUCCAAGAUUCCCCAAACUGUUGCUCCACCAAUGGGACAUAUGAAUCCAACACACCAGGUAGCAAUGCAACCAGCACCUGUAGCUCCACCACCAACUGUUCAGACCGCAGAUACUUCCAAUGUACCAGCCCACCAGAAACCUAUUGUGUCUACAUUGACAAGGCUAUUUAAAGAGACAUUUGCUAUUAGGAGUUACUCAAGAGCUACUCCUGCCGAAAAGCGUAAGGUAGAAGAUAACUCAAGAAAGCUAGGAGCUCUGUUUUUGAAACUAAAUAGUGGAGACAUCUCAAAGAACGCUGCUGGAAAACUCACUCAGCUCUGUCAAGCUCUGAACAAAAAUAAUCUUGGUGCAGCUUUACAAAUACAGGUGGCUAUGACAAACACCGAAUGGUAUGAGUGCAGUUUUUGGCUUCCAACACUAAAGCAAAUCAUCAAGGGAAAGCAAAAUGUUCAGUGAAAUGGUGAAUUUUAUUUGUUUGGGUAUAAACUUACUACUAUAGCCACUAGGUUAUGUACUUAGUGAGAAAAGCAAAUCAGUUCUCAACCACUAGGUUAUGUACUCUUUUUUUUUUCCUUUUUUUUUUGUUCUGUCUCUUUUUUUGGGGGUCUUUGGAACAUCGAGAAAACCAGCAUUUGCUCUAGAAAACUUUAGAGCCAAGUAAUGUUAGAACUUAGAAGCCUGAGUUCAUGAGAAUGGUGUUAAUGGUCGUGGGUUCGAAAACAAUUUUGUUAUGCCGAAAGGUGGAUAUAUAUGUGGCCCAACUCUGUGUUUAGUCAUUGGCCUAUUUUAGUUA